AUGGUAUUUGUUGUAGUCCAAAUUGUACUCGAAUUGGUAGUUGGUGAUCAAGGUGGAAUUGAUGUGGUUGCAAAUAAUAAAACUAACAUGGAUAUUGAAUAUAUAAUAACAGAAACUAUUUAUCAAAAUGGUACUGGUCAAGUAGCAAAAAUUGAUUAUCAAUUUGAUGAAACACUUAAUAUUGAUUCAUCAACAUCAACAUCAUCAACAUCGAGUAUAGCACGACAAAAUAAAGAAAAACGAAAUCGUCAAUAUGAUGUAACAAUAACACGUGAACAAUAUCAAACAUUAUCUAGACAAAUAUUAAAUGCAUUAUCAUUUGAUGCAUUUGUUAAUGUUUUACGUCCAUUUAUAAUGGGUUAUUAUACAAAUGGUGAACUUGAACGUGCUUUUUAUACAUUAGAUCGUGAUCGAUCAGGUACAAUACAUAUAAAGGAAUUGAGUGCAUUUUUACCUAUAUUAAAUGAAACAAUAAAUAAUGAUGCUUUAAAUGCUUAUGUACGAAAAGUUGAUGAAAAUUUUGAUGGUAACUUAAAUUAUGAUGAAUUUCGUACACUUGUUUUACGUGGUAUUGGUCGAGAUAUUAUUUGUAAUCAUAUAUAA